AUGGUGAGUCCGUCUUUCUCUUACCCCCUUUUUCUUCUUCUUCACUUUCCACCGUUUUAGGCUGAGGAUAUCGAAGAGAUUCUUGCUGAGAUCGACGGAUCCCAGAUUGAGGGUUUGUUUCAGUCCCGUUCUUUUUGGGUUUUAUUUAGUGAUUUCUAGAGUACCAGAAGUUCUUCGAUGCCUUCGACAGAGGAAAGCAAGGAUACAUCAUGGCCACCCAGAUCGGCCAGAUCAUGCACUCCAUGGAGCAGGACUUCGACGAGAAGGUACGAUUUGUGCAAUAAUAAUAGUUGUUCUAACAUCAUUUUGUCUUCCUUCCAGACCCUCCGCAAGCUGAUCCGCAAAUUUGACGCUGAUGGUUCCGGAAAGCUUGAGUUCGACGAGUUCUGCGCUCUUGUGUACACGGUGGCCAACACGGUCGACAAAGAGACACUGGAGAAGGAGCUGCGAGAGGCAUUCCGUCUUUUCGACAAGGAGGUAAUAACUCAUCCCCUCUGGAUUUGUUUUCUAACCGCCAACUGCUCCAGGGUAACGGAUACAUCUCGCGACCGACCCUGAAGGCCCUGCUCAAGGAGAUCGCCGACGACCUGACCGACCAGCAGCUCGAGGAGGCCGUCGACGAGAUCGACGAGGACGGUUCUGGAAAGAUCGAGUUCGAGGAGUUCUGGGAGCUGAUGGCCGGAGAGUCCGACUAA